UGGAACAGAAUAUUCUAGAAAAUGCUAAUGAAUUAGAAGAGAAAGUAGGACAGAAAGUUGACGAGGUAAGAAAGGAAUUGGAUGAGAAAUUGGAGGUCCAAAUUAGAGAAAUAAAUAGUAAACUGAAACUGUAAAUUUACCUAUGAUGCUGACGGAACCAGGAGCAGUGCCGGAGGGAAGCCGAGUACGGAUGAAACCACCUCAUUUCGAUGGAAAAUCUUCUUGGACAAAUUACAUCCGUCAGUUUGAGGCAGCUGCAAAAGCAAAUGGCUGGGCACCAGAGGAGAAGGCUACAGCAUUAACUCUUACUUUACGCGGAGAUGCAACGGACAUCUUGCAGACACUUUCUCCAAACGAACAAGAAGAUUACGAAGCCUUGGUGAAACACCUGGAACUGCGAUAUGGUCAGACACAUCUGGAACAUGUCUACCAUUCCCAACUAAAGAACCGCUGCCAGAAAUCAAAUGAGACUUUACAAGAAUUUGAGGCUGAUAUUGCACGCUUGGUCCGGCUAGCCUAUCCAGCUACUCCAACAACCGUUAUGGAACGAUUAGCACAAGACAGGCUCUAACACUGGCUCGUCCGAGCCAACUGGUUGAUGCAUUGGCUCGAGCUUUGGAAUUCGAGGCGGCAAAGCAGAGCUGCAGGAGCCAGCCUAGAAUAAGAGUCGAUGAAUCAGGCGAGUUUUUAAAGAGAAUCUACCAGAAAAGAAGGAAAUCCGGUGUUAGAGAUGUGGAAAGCUCGGACAUAUACGAAGUCGUUGCAGAAAAAGCCAGGAAGCGCCGACUUCAUCUCAGUCGGAAAAGGGGCUACCGUCGACCUGUAACCAGCAUGUCCCAGAGGAUAUCGAACGUGUCGCAUCUCU